AUGAAACUAAAUUUUUCUGCCAUUGUCAUUGGUGGUGGAUUUGCAGGGAUUGCAGCUGCUCAUGCACUGAAAAAUGCAGCUUUUCAGGUUGUGCUUUUAGAAUCUCGGGAUAGAAUUGGUGGUCGAGUUCACACUAACUACUCAUUUGGUUUUCCUGUUGACAUGGGAGCAGCCUGGUUGCAUGGUGUCUGCAACGAGAAUCCAUUGGCAUCUUGGAUUGGAAGACUUGGUCUACCAAUUUAUCGAACUUCUGGUGACAAUUCUGUCUUGUAUGAUCAUGACUUGGAGAGCUACGCACUCUUUGAUGGUGAUGGACAUCAAGUGCCUCAAGAUCUAGUGGAAAAAGUUGGUAAGGUGUUUGAAACCAUUCUGGAAGAGGCAAGUUCUUUAUUAACCUUAUAUCUGUAG